AGCGAUCCACACAUCUCUUCGACAUUACGGAAGUAAAACUAAAAGUAAGGACCUCAAAUUCAAAGGAACCAUGACUGGAGGAGCAAAAAUGAUGACCAUCCUGUGUGUGAGCAUCUUUAUCGCUGGCAAUGCGCUGGGCGCAUCCAUAUCCACAUCCGCCGUAGGACUAAAAGGACGACCGCAGAGGAUCGCCGAGUGCCGAGAGCUCUGCUACCGGCAAUCCUUGCCAGCGAUUACGCCACCACUGCUCUGCCGAUCCCGUCCAGACUGCUACAUGUGCCACGACUACUGCCGCGUCCUGGACGUUGUGCAGCGCAGUCUGGCCACCUCCAUGUGCGCGGAUCGGGAGUUCUGCACCCGCGGAUGUCGGGUGGCCUGUUCGUACCAUCGCCUGAGGAUAUUCCACUUCACCCAGGACGCGACUGCCAAUGCGGUGAUCAAAAAGUGAGAGUGAAGUGUUUUGCAUACUCUGACUCGUGUACAUAAUUCGCCAUAAGUUAGUACCUACCAUAAGUGUACAGUUAGCAUAAG